AUUGGGUGCAGUACAUAGGUCGUGUGUUGUUUCCGUGUAAUGCGAGAAAUUUCUGCAACACGUUCAAAGUUCUGGAGGACAGUAUAUAGAGGGCUGAGACAGCAUCAUAUAAUGCACAGUCUUUAGAGUUUAUCAAGUCUUCAUGUGGUGUGAUUCAGGUUUUUCAUGCGAUGUCUGAUGACAGGCGCUAGUCUUCGUGUCUACCAGACUCUGUCUAGUCUUCAUAACCGGGUGUAUGUUAAGGGUACGGAAGGACAUGAUGACUACAGAAGAGUAAAACAUUGGAGCAACUUCUACGAAGCAGCAGCGUAGUCACACAUCUGUGAUUGUGGUUGAAACUUUCCUGCAUUUAGCUUAGCAGGACGGUCCCUACAGUGCACAUAAAUCUAUCUUCACCAAGGAUAUUGUCAGUGAGCAGAUGCAACAUCAGGGGAUAUACAGGCGUGGAGACCAAUAACGAAAGACAAACUACUCACGAAGAAGGAAUAAAAGAAUAUUCAAGUUAUGUGCCGCUGGGCACAGCAUUAAGUGCACACGAACACAUCUCGAUAUUCUUCGUUUGGCUGACCAUUUAGUGAGACAUAUAGGUUGUAAGUUCUUGAUAGAGUCUUCACCCCCACAAAAGGCAACGGUAUAACCGUAAUGGUGGAGCUACUACGCAGAUGGAUUAGACUGAAGGUCAUUGGUGAAGUCUGUGACAGUAUGAGGAAUAUGGGUUGAAACGGAAACCAACAGUCACUGGAAAUAGCAUUGCAUCAUGAGGGUGGCAAGGUUGCAGAGGUGCAUCACUAUUGGAGUGGUGUCAUAUUUUGUAUGUUCAGUCAUGUUCUAUAGUUUUCUGCAUUCCUCAAAUAACAAAUAUACACCAGAAGAACGUCCCCGAGAAAAUACAGUUUCUAUCCACCAGGAACUCGUGAGACAUAAGAAGGCGCCGGGUGUACUAAAGAAGACAGUGUCUAACCCGGUGAUCCAACACUGUGUUCAGGAUCCACGUUACGCAGUUAAUCUGCAAUAUGUUCAUUCUAAACUUACGUCUCUGAUCUACCUGUUCUCAGCCUAUGCAGACUAUAGACAGGAGAAACCACAUGUUCGUAUCGUUGGAAUUAUCAACAAACAUGUGGCGUAUAUGAGUCUGUAUUGCCACUACAAGGUCCCCGUGAUGGGGGACGAUGGAAACAUGAUUCAUCAGCUUAUUUCUUUUGGAGCGGAGAGAUACGAGUUGUGUGAGAACCAUCGUCGUGCGUUUGGAGGAUGGAUUGUGUCCUGCCCUCUACCGGAGAUUCAAGGGAGACAACCAUGCUUUGUCUAUGUAGGUUUGUCAAGGAGGGAUACUGUCAAUAGUGUUGAGCUGUCAAUACUUACAACAACAAAAUCUUCACCGGAAGCGCAGACUGAUUUUGCUGUUUGCGUGCCGCCUCUAUAUGGAAGGUUAACCAGAUUUGCUAUUGUUCAGUUUAUUGAGAUGAGUCGUCUCCUUGGUGCGCGGCAUUUUGUUUUUUAUGAUUUUGGUGUUUCACCGGAUGUGCAAUUAGCUUUGAAGUAUUACCAGUCUGUUGGACUGGCUUCUGUUAUUCCGUGGGAUCUCCCAGUUUCAUGGAAUGAUAUAUGGUAUCUUGGACAGAGUGUGGCUCUGACCGACUGCCUUUACCGACAUAUGUCGGCAGUUAAAUAUCUCAUGUUUAAUGAUCUAGACGAGUUUCUUGUACCACAUGGCAUUUCCACGAAAUCUUGGCGUGAUUUGACCGCCAUGUUCAAACCGAAUAUAUGUGGUCUGUCAUUUAGAAGCGCAUAUUUUCAAAUUAAUAAUUUACCUACUUGCAGCCAAGAGAACCGAUGCUUAACCGUGCUACGUGCUACAGAGAGACAUGAACGGUUUCCAAAUAUGGGAAGAAAUAAAGUGAUGGUUGAUCCAUAUAAGGUAUUUGAGAUGGGGAUACAUCACGUGAGUAAACCAAACGUUGACAACUACACCGUGAUAGAGGUCCCUCCUGAUGUCGCGUAUAUUCACCACUACAGAAAGCUGGAUGACGAGGCAAUGGCGGAACGGUUUACCAAAGAUGACUUUCUAGUGGGCGCGUACCGUUUCCCGCUCAUCAAAAUGUAUCACAAAACUCUUGUUGCCAUUCGGGAGUUUAGUCGCAAUAACACAACGUAGUUUAGUAAAACUGUAUUAGAUAAAAAUAUCUAACAUUUUACUUUGUCUGAACACAUCCAGGUCAGUCUGCUUCAAUUGUAACCUUAACUGUUCAGUUAUUGUCAAAUGACUUCAAGACUAUAUAAUUCCAUACAGUUUUUUAUUUAACAUACCUAAGGAAUAGAAGUACUAGCCGUUGUAGAAACGCUUUAACAACUCGCUUAUCCCACCGUCGAACAUAUCUGGCUACUCGGAGUUACAGGGAUCCUCGAUAAUCUCCAGGGUAUAUGUUCCGAUAAAUCUCCACUAUACCCUGGAUGCAUCUACGGCUCGAGCCGAUG